CGGAUGGAUCGUUCGCAUAAAGGCCGAACACAAUGUAGAACCGAGCAAUAGUCCAUCACAGGAUACGGCGGUGUAUACAUCCGAUAAAAAGCCUUACUUGCAAGAGCAGUGCAACAUUGUUCUAGCGCUUACCGUGUGCGUCAACGUCAACGAAAGGGUUUCAUUCUUCGACCAAGUGCCACUAAAACGGUUACGAUGAAGUUUCUGUGCGUCGCUGUUUGCCUAGCCGUGAUGUGCAUUGAAGCACAAGCUCAGAACAAUCAAUACCUGCCUCCAGACAAGGGUUAUGCCUACGACAAGCCGAACCAGCCGUUCCCUUCGUCCCCUCAACCUCAGAAUGUUCCCCGACCGCAGCCCACUCCCGGUCGUCCAGCACCUUCAUACGGCCCGCCGGCUCAGGAUGAUCAUCAUCAUGAGCCUGGAAUGCCUUUCGAUUUCCAAUACAACGUGAACGACAUUGAAACCCAAAAUGAUUACUCGCACAAGGCAGUUAGUGAUGGCGAUGUCACACGCGGUGAAUACCGCGUUCAGCUUCCUGACGGACGUACACAGGUAGUGCGUUACACGGCGGACUGGAAGAAUGGCUACAAUGCAGAGGUGUCGUACGAGGGUGAAGCGAAAUAUCCUGAAGGUCCUGGUCAGGGUGGUGCCAAUGCAGGUGGAUACAAAUACUAGAAGUCGAUAUGUAAGAGCAGUUCUCCAUUACCUAUCUGAAUGAUGGACCUUGAUGGUCCAUUCUCGCGUUCGAUAAGACUCGAUUUUCUUCUGCAAACCAUUAGAAUCAUCCCUAUUCAAUACAAGUGUUUCCUUGUUCAUGCUGCAUUGAGUACGUUAAGAUUAUAAGUAAAAUAAGAGUCAUUAUGCAGGUAAUAUCCAAAUGCGAAUAGCCACUUACUACAAUAGAGCACAUUACUCGUUGUAUCUGAGAAUCAACCGUGGAUAUUGUUAGCAUGCUUGUUCAUUCCUAGCUAGAUGGUUGCAGAAUUUACCGAAGUCAUCAAAUACCUACUGGAUGGUUCUGCGCCCAUCUUCAGUGCGAUAGAUCACUGCAUUAACUUACAUUAACUCCACAUCAAGCCAACUUGUUGUUUAGGACCAGUAACAGCGUACCCAGAUUUUAUUUCAACAAAGUGGAAAAAUACAAAUUGAAAAAUUCGAUGAGCGUAA